AUGAAGCGUCUGAAAAUUCGCCAAUUUUGCAGAAAACCAAGAUCAGUAUGGGUUGUUAAUGGAAAAACUGAUAAAUGGUGGGAAAAUAUUGUUAAUGGAAAUGUUCCUGACAGUGUUUGGAAGAAAAAUUUCCGAAUGUCCCAAUUAUCGGUUUUUAUAACAACUGCUAAGAAAUUGGCAAAUACUCUAUAUUACCUAAAGGACACUGGCUCAUUGUGGAUGACUGCCAAUACAUUUGGCGUUCACCAAUGUACAGCUACCAAAAUUAUCACUCAAUUAUGCUAUGCGAUAAACAGUGCGCUGGGUCCAACAUAUUUGCACUUGCCGAGAC